GUGUAUGUUUACGUUCUUAGUCCUUGCUCAUUUUGACCGUGAGCUCUGUUCUAAAACUUUUCGUUUCUUCUUCAGUUGAUUUUGUAACUGAUCAAGCUAAGUUCACUAUGUGUGUUCAUGUUAAUAUAAAUUUAAAAAAUGCCACAAAAAAAAUUAAAACCAGCAAAGAAUUCUGGAAACGUGAAAUUGAAAUCUUCAACAAACGUAGUUUCGCUUAACAUUGAAUGCUUGCUCAUGAUUUUCUCUCAUUUAACCAUAUGUGAACGAAUAAAAGUCGAAAGAGUUUGCAAACUUUGGCAGGAGGUUAGUCAAUCUGGCUGGGUAGGAUUUCAGACACUACAUUUUAAAAAAUCUCUUUGGGGCUUCGCUACCAAUACCAAAGUAACAAUCAAUGAUAAAAUCAUACGAACAGUACUAUCAAGAUGCGGCAAUUAUAUAAGAGAAGUUCAAUUUCCUCAAUUUUCGUGUGAGUCGAAAAUUCUGAAGCUUUCUAUUAGCCAAAGAUGCCUUGGUACUAUGUGGGAAACGUGUCCAAAUUUGAAGAUUCUUGAUUUAGGAUUUCAUUUUAUCAGAUCCUCGACAUUAUCAGUACUUGCAAAUUGCUCGUCUAACUUGGAAGACUUCAAAUUGGAUCUCCACAGCAAUAUUUCGGACGACGAUUUGUCGACCUUGUUUUCAUCGAAUAAAAAGCUGAAAAUCCUUCACCUUUAUCAUAAUGAUUCUUCAAACAUAUGCAAAUGUGUGAAAGAUUUGCCCAGGAAUUCUAUCGAGGAAAUCAUGAUUUGUAAUUGUCAUGGAACUUCCACAUUCGGAAAGAUAUAUGAAUUCUUUUCUCAAUUCUUGAGUGUCAGCCCAGAGCUUGAAAAGUUUCGGAAAUUAUCGAUUCACAAUAUCACUCAUGAUAUGUCGUCAUGGGGACUACAUUCUUGUGCAAAAGUUUUCAAUAGUGUGGAGUUGUAUUUUUGUACGAUAUCAUGCGACAACCCCACGCGUAAAUUAUUAGCUUUUGAGAAUCUACAGGAAUUGACUCUUUACGGAAAUCGAGGAGAAACUGACAAGUUUCUAAUUGCAGUUUCCACAACUUGCACCAAACUAAAAAGAUGUUUUCUUCAAGCUUGUAAUUCCGUGACUGAUAGAGGACUGUCGGCUGUGGCUUUGAAUUUGAAACUGACCUACUUAGAAAUCUUCGACAUGGAUAAUGUUUGUGGCAAAGAUUUGCCAAAGAUGCACACUCUUCAGUAUUUCAGGUCUGAAAAUUGCAAGAAUCUUGUGGAGGAAUAUCUUGCUCAAAUGGUUCUAACAGCAGCUGCAGAUUCGAGGACAUUUCAACUAAUUCAUUCUUACAAUGAUUCGCAAUCAAGUAAUAGAAACUACCCUCCUUUCAAUGGAAAACUGUUGCAGGCAGCAGCUCAAGUUAAUGGGAAUCAUCAAAAUGGUUACACGAUAACUACACAGUUAUGUUUUCAAUAUCGUGCAAAGGUCGGGGAACGAAAAAUUUGCAUAAUUUUAGAUAAACAGAAAAAAAUCUAGCUUCCACCCAAAACAGGACCCAAAGCUGAGAUGAAAACCGAUUGUUGAAAAAGCAAAUUGUCUUAAAUUUUUUGGAGUUACUGUCUAAAUUUAU